UCCGUAGCGGUGACGUGCGCGGCGGGCCGGGGACUCGGCGGGGCUCCGGCCGGCUGGCGUAGACUGAGCCGGCAUCUGUCCGAGCAGGAAGCGAGCAACAGCCCGGCCGCCGCCGUCGUCUCCGCUGCUCGCUCUCGGCCGCGGCGUCGCUCUCUUCCCUCGCGCCGGCUCCGGCCCUGCGGCCUCUUCGCGGACGGGACCCCGCGGCGCACCUGCCUCCGCUGCCCCGGAGAUAUUGGAUAACCUCCUUCAAAAUGGAAGACGGAAAGCCUGUUUGGGCGCCGCACCCCACGGAUGGAUUUCAGAUGGGUGACAUUGUGGAUAUUGGUCCAGACAGCUUAACAAUCGAACCCUGGAACCAAAAAGGCAAGACAUUUUUGGCUCUCAUAAACCAAGUAUUCCCUGCAGAAGAGGACAGUAAAAAAGAUGUGGAAGAUAACUGUUCACUGAUGUACUUAAAUGAAGCCACACUCCUCCAUAAUGUCAAAGUUCGAUACAGCAAAGACAGGAUCUAUACAUACGUCGCCAACAUUCUGAUUGCAGUGAAUCCAUACUUUGAUAUUCCAAAAAUAUAUUCUUCAGAUACAAUUAAGUCAUAUCAAGGGAAAUCUCUUGGGACAAUGCCACCUCAUGUCUUUGCGAUUGCUGAUAAGGCUUUUCGAGACAUGAAAGUGCUCAAGAUGAGCCAGUCUAUCAUUGUAUCUGGAGAAUCUGGAGCUGGCAAAACAGAAAACACAAAAUUUGUUCUAAGAUACCUGACUGAAUCUUAUGGAACGGGUCAAGAUAUUGAUGAUAGAAUUGUUGAAGCAAAUCCGCUUUUAGAAGCCUUUGGAAAUGCAAAGACUGUUCGUAACAAUAAUAGCAGUAGAUUUGGAAAAUUUGUAGAAAUUCAUUUCAAUGAAAAGAGUUCAGUAGUUGGAGGAUUUGUUUCUCAUUAUCUUCUAGAGAAAUCCAGGAUCUGUGUUCAAGGCAAAGAGGAGCGGAAUUACCAUAUCUUUUACCGGCUCUGUGCUGGAGCUUCAGAGGACAUUAGGGAAAAGCUUCAUUUGAGUUCCCCAGAUAAUUUUCGGUAUUUAAACCGAGGCUGCACGAGAUACUUCGCUAACAAAGAGACUGAUAAACAGAUUUUACAGAACCGCAAAAGCCCUGAGUACAUUAAGGCAGGUUCCUUAAAAGAUCCUCUAUUAGAUGACCAUGGAGAUUUUAUUAGGAUGUGCACAGCCAUGAAAAAAAUCGGUUUGGAUGAUGAAGAAAAGCUUGAUCUGUUUCGAGUUGUAGCUGGUGUCCUACACCUUGGAAACAUUGAUUUUGAGGAAGCUGGCAGCACUUCAGGCGGUUGCAAUCUGAAGAAUAAAUCUACGCCGUCAUUGGAGUACUGUGCUGAAUUAUUGGGUUUGGACCAAGAUGAUCUUCGGGUUAGUUUAACCACGAGAGUUAUGCUCACAACAGCAGGGGGCACCAAAGGAACAGUUAUAAAAGUCCCCCUGAAAGUAGAGCAGGCAAACAAUGCGCGGGAUGCUCUGGCGAAGACGGUCUAUAGCCAUCUUUUCGAUCAUGUGGUAAACAGAGUCAAUCAGUGUUUUCCUUUUGAAACGUCAUCGUAUUUUAUUGGAGUCCUAGAUAUUGCUGGUUUUGAGUACUUCGAGCAUAACAGCUUUGAACAAUUUUGUAUCAACUAUUGCAAUGAAAAGCUCCAACAGUUUUUCAAUGAAAGGAUUCUGAAGGAGGAACAAGAACUCUAUCAGAAAGAGGGCUUGGGCGUUAAUGAAGUGCCUUAUGUGGAUAAUCAGGACUGUAUAGAUUUGAUUGAAGUUAAAUUAGUGGGAAUACUGGAUAUUUUAGAUGAAGAAAAUCGCCUUCCGCAGCCAAGUGACCAGCACUUCACAUCUGCCGUUCACCAGAAGCACAAAGAACAUUUCCGACUCACUAUUCCCAGGAAAUCUAAGCUGGCAGUUCACAGGAACCUGAGAGAUGAUGAAGGCUUCAUUAUCAGGCACUUCGCUGGGGCAGUGUGCUAUGAAACAACCCAGUUUGUGGAGAAAAAUAAUGAUGCCUUACAUAUGUCUCUUGAAUCCUUGAUAUGUGAAUCCAGGGAUAAGUUUAUACGGGCAUUAUUUGAAUCAUCCACAAAUAACAACAAAGAUACUAAACAGAAAGCGGGAAAACUUAGCUUCAUCAGCGUGGGAAACAAGUUUAAGACACAGUUAAAUUUGCUUCUGGAUAAACUUCGAAGUACUGGAGCAAGCUUUAUUCGUUGCAUCAAGCCUAACUUAAAGAUGACAAGCCACCACUUUGAAGGUGCCCAAAUCCUGUCUCAACUUCAGUGCUCAGGUAUGGUGUCUGUUUUGGACUUAAUGCAAGGUGGCUUCCCUUCACGAGCUUCAUUUCACGAACUUUACAACAUGUACAAAAAGUAUAUGCCAGACAAACUUGCGAGGUUGGAUCCCAGGCUGUUUUGUAAGGCUCUUUUUAAAGCUUUGGGCUUAAAUGAAAUUGACUACAAGUUUGGAUUAACAAAAGUAUUUUUUAGACCUGGCAAGUUUGCAGAAUUUGACCAGAUUAUGAAGUCUGAUCCUGAUCAUUUAGCAGAGUUGGUUAAAAGAGUCAAUCAUUGGCUAGUCUGUAGUCGUUGGAAGAAAGUUCAGUGGUGUUCACUCUCUGUCAUCAAACUGAAAAACAAAAUAAAAUAUCGAGCUGAAGCUUGCAUUAAAAUGCAGAAAACCAUUCGAAUGUGGCUUUGCAAAAGGAGACACAAACCACGCAUUGAUGGCCUGGUUAAGGUGGGCACGCUGAAGAAACGACUUGACAAGUUUAAUGAAGUAGUAAGUGUUCUGAAGGAUGGGAAGCCAGAGGUGAACAGACAGAUCAAAGAUCUUGAAAUUUCUAUUGAUGCUUUGAUGGCCAAAAUUAAGUCCACUAUGAUGACAAGGGAACAGAUACGGAAAGAGUACGAUGCACUCGUUAAAAGCUCAGAGGACCUCCUCAGUGCACUGCAGAAAAAGAAACAGCAAGAAGAGGAGGCAGAGAGGCUGAGGCGUAUUCAGGAAGAGAUGGAGAAAGAGAGACAGAGACGUGAAGAGGACGAGCACCGUCGGAGGAAGGAGGAGGAGGAGAGGCGGAUGAAAUUUGAGAUGGAAGCGAAGAGGAAACAGGAGGAAGAGGACAGAAAGAAGAGGGAGGAUGAUGAGAAGCGCAUUCAGGCUGAGGUGGAGGAGCAGCUGGCCCGACAGCGGGAGGAGGAGUCACAGCAGCAGGCGGUUCUGGAGCAGGAGCGCAGGGACCGGGAACUGGCCCUGCGCAUAGUCCAGAGCGAGGCCGAGCUCAUCAGCGACGAGGCCCUGGGCGACCAGGCGCUGCGAAGAACUGAUGGAAUGAGACCCCAAAUGACACCGGAACAAAUGGCCAAAGAAAUGUCAGAAAUUUUGAGUAGAGGUCCUGCUGUACAAGCCACCAAGGCAGCUGCUGGUACCAAGAAACAUGACCUUAGUAAAUGGAAGUAUGCAGAACUCCGUGAUACCAUCAAUACUUCUUGUGAUAUUGAGCUCCUGGCAGCUUGCAGAGAAGAAUUUCAUAGGAGACUAAAAGUGUAUCAUGCUUGGAAAUCCAAGAACAAGAAGAGAAAUACUGAGACAGAGCAGCGUGCUCCGAAGUCUGUCACUGACUAUGAUUUUGCACCAUUUUUGAACAAUUCACCUCAGCAGAAUCCCACAGCUCAGCUUCCUGCCAGGCAGCAGGAGAUGGAAAUGAACCGCCAGCAGCGCUUCUUCCGCAUCCCAUUCAUCCGUCCUGCUGACCAGUACAAAGAUCCUCAGAGCAAGAAGAAGGGCUGGUGGUAUGCCCAUUUUGAUGGACCGUGGAUCGCCCGGCAAAUGGAGCUCCAUCCUGACAAGCCACCCAUUCUUCUUGUAGCUGGCAAAGAUGACAUGGAGAUGUGUGAGCUGAAUCUUGAGGAGACUGGUCUGACUCGCAAGCGUGGUGCUGAGAUCUUGCCUAGACAGUUUGAAGAGAUCUGGGAGCGCUGCGGGGGCAUCCAGUACCUUCAGAGCGCCAUCGAGAGCAGGCAGGCCCGGCCCACCUACGCAACAGCCAUGCUGCAGAAUCUGCUCAAGUAGACCCACUGGCCUGCUCCAGCUGCGCCCUGGCCCGGAGACUGGACAGUGAUGUCUAGAAGGCUUAGUGCUUCCUCAGUCCUGUUAGAAUUCCUUAUGCAAAGUGAACAGAUUUUAUGAAUCAUGGGUUUUGUUAACUUGUUUAUGGUUAAUUAAGGUUGAAGUAGUGAGUUUGGGACCUAAAAAGAAUAUUCCUGUAUCCAGCAGUAGCAAGUCCACCUCUCAUGACUGUGCUGUACUUGCACAGAUUCUGACCUUUCUCAGUCUUUGCUCACUGACUACCUUAAGUCCAUCGUGAUUACUGUCAAGGACAAGAAGAGUUUUUUAAAUUUCAAAAUACUUGAUUUUUAAGGAUGACACAGUACCUUUAUAACUGGACUAAUAAAAUCUAAGCCUAAUUUUGCACAAGAAUUAAGGCACUUGAAAUGAUAAAGGCACAGAUAUUUUUCAUAGAAAAAGCUAUAUUUUGUCUGCUUUUUCAGAAAUUCAUGGAAAUGGAUCUCUCCCCUUUCCUUUCUGGUAUUUCUAGCCUGAGUGAACCCUAAGUUCUAGAAUUUUGGAAAGACCCUUGAUGUACUGAGUAUGUUGUGUGCCAGAGGAGGUACAGGAAGUAGGCAGCAUGGACUUGGGGCACUUUUCUGUCAAGCUAUGUGUUGUUCCGAAUCUCCUUUUCCUAGUUCACAGUUAAGUAAAGGAAAUUCAGAUUGUUGGAAUGCUUAAAAGUUCCAUUGAGGAAGGGACACAGGACUGAGGUAGCAUUGUGGCUUUGUUGGAUUGAAUUCAAAUAUUCUUUCGAUUUCAUCUCUGUUGUAAUUUUUGAGUAAGAAUCUUCUCCAAGUAUUCUCACGUGGUUUAAGCUGGUGUUGUGCUUCAGGACCCCUGUGCCCAUUUCCACUCCUAGUGUCUGCUUUGGCCUUUGAGAUUUGGUAAUUAUAGAGCUGUUUAUAAACUUUGUAAUUCAAAAGCCCUGUUCUUAGAAAUUGCUUGCUUCAUGUUGCAGAUAAUUUUUUAAAAUCUUUCUUUGUGUGUUGUUAGUCCUGAUCAGAUGUCAUCAAUUAUAGCCUAAUGUAUUGGGAAUCUAGAGACAAAAAACAUCAUGGAGUUGUGUUGACAUCCAAAGGAGUCUUUGUUUGUAUUUUAGAAUAAAACGAGAAAGUAAAAUUA